AUGGAGGCACAAUUGGCUAAGGAUGUUCGACCAUUCAAUUUUAUAACAUCGAUGAGAAUAAUUAGGGAUGCGAUUUUGGUGUCUGAGGGGGUGAACACAAUCAACGUUGGUCGGGCUGUGUUGAUUCACACAAAGCCGAGGAGUAGGUUGGAUGUUGGGACUUGGGGGACAAUGGGGAUG